AUGGAGGUGGUGAGCACGCAGCAGAUCAUCACGCCGCACGCCCUGCCACUGUUCAGGCAGGAGAAGCUGAGGACGAGCAAAAAGAGGAUGGAGAAGGACAGAAUGGACCCCGUCAAGUCGAAGAGGCCGGACCUACCAAUCACUUCGGGGCAGGGUGGUAGAGUGGCGGCGUCGGGAAGCACUCUGAGCUCGUUCGUCAUCAGGAACCUGGGGCUGAGCAAGCGCGUGAAUGAUGAACAGGACCCGAGGGAGGCGAUUCUGAAGUACGCUAAGGAGGCGGAAGAGAAUCCGUUCUGGGUGGCACCGGCGUACAAGAAGACGCAGCCACAACCGAUUUUCCUGAACGACGCCGCCGAAGAAGGCCCCUCCGACCCCAAAAAGCCGAAGACUUCA